UCCUGCCUUAGAUGGAUGUGGAUUUUGCUCCCUGGCUGGGAAUUAGACUCAGUAGCUACUUUGGUGCUGUUCUUAUCACAGAGAAGCUGGCCAGGGGCCAGGUCCACAGAAUCGCAAGCACAGUUAAACUCAAGUGCUUUCUUCCACGGUGUGACUGAAAGCAACAGGUUUCAUGGCAUGAUCUCUAGAGAAGAGACUGACCAGCUCUUGAGUUUGGCUGAGGGGAGCUACCUCAUCCGGGAGAGCCAGCGACAGCCGGGAACAUACACUUUGGCUUUAAGAUUUGGAAGUCAAACCAGAAACUUCAGGCUCUACUACGAUGGAAAGCACUUUGUUGGGGAGAAACGCUUUGAGUCCAUCCACGAUCUGGUGACUGAUGGCUUGAUUACUCUCUAUAUUGAAACCAAGGCAGCAGAGUACAUUGCCAAGAUGACGAUAAACCCAAUUUAUGAGCACAUAGGAUACACAACCUUAAACAGAGAGCCAGCAUACAAACAGCACAUGGCAGUCCUGAAAGAGACACACGAUGAGAAAGAGGCGACAGGCCAGGAUGGGGUGUCAGAGAAAAGGUUGACAUCACUUGUUAGAAGAGCGACUCUGAAAGAAAAUGAACAAAUUCCAAAAUAUGAAAAGGUUCACAAUUUCAAGGUCCAUACGUUCCGAGGGCCACACUGGUGUGAAUACUGUGCCAACUUCAUGUGGGGCCUCAUUGCUCAGGGAGUGAAAUGUGCAGAUUGUGGGUUGAAUGUUCACAAGCAGUGCUCCAAGAUGGUCCCCAACGACUGUAAGCCAGACCUGAAGCAUGUGAAGAAGGUGUACAGCUGUGACCUGACCACGCUCGUCAAAGCGCACACCACCAAGCGGCCCAUGGUGGUGGAUAUGUGCAUCAGGGAGAUCGAGUCCAGAGGUCUUAGUUCUGAAGGACUGUACCGGGUAUCAGGAUUCAGUGACCUAAUUGAAGAUGUCAAGAUGGCUUUUGACAGAGAUGGUGAAAAGGCGGAUAUUUCUGUGAACAUGUAUGAAGAUAUCAACAUUAUCACUGGUGCACUUAAACUGUACUUCAGGGAUCUGCCAAUUCCUCUCAUCACGUAUGAUGCCUACCCCAAGUUCAUAGAGUCUGCCAAAAUCAUGGACCCUGACGAGCAGCUGGAGACCCUUCAUGAAGCACUGAGACAGCUGCCGCCUGCCCACUGCGAGACCCUCCGGUACCUCAUGGCCCAUCUGAAGAGAGUGACCCUUCACGAGAAGGAGAACCUGAUGAGUGCAGAGAACCUUGGGAUCGUGUUUGGGCCAACCCUCAUGAGGUCCCCAGAGCUAGACCCGAUGGCCGCCCUGAACGACAUUCGCUAUCAGAGACUGGUGGUGGAGCUGCUCAUCAAAAACGAAGACAUUUUAUUUUAGAGAAAUGUUUUACAGAUGAAGGAAUGUUUUCUAGUAAUUUAAUUAGCUUCACUAGCUGAAUUGUUUCUUGGUUAAAGGUUUAGCCAAACACCCAGAUUAAAUGAAGGAACUUCUUGUCAUUUCUGUAGCACCACUCAGCUGUCCCUGUAAAACCGUGAACACACGCUUUCCGGUCUGGAAAUCCUGGGUGUUUAUCAUGUUAAGAGAAACUCAGGCUCCUGCAUGAUCCCCUGUUUGAUGAGGAAACCCCACAUCAAGGAAUCUCAGACUUGAACCUGCACCGCCUCUGUCCUGGGUUUUCUGUGGUUGUCGCCCAGCAUGCUUCCCAGAGUAAACUGUCAUGACUUUGCUUUUGGGGUCCAUGCCAUCGGUUUCUGACGCUUGCACACUCGCGCACACACGCAUAGGCAGCGCCCUGGCUGUUGCAGCACACCACUGUGCUUUCCACCCACCCCACACUCGGUUCCUCCCCAGCUCUCUCCUCUCUACCAUAGUGCUUUCUCUCCAGCAAAGCAAGAUGUUUGCGGAUCUGCCACUUCAGUAAGCUACCCUACCAAUAAAGUGCACCACACAGCGUUUUCUGUUAAAUUAUUGGUUUUCGGCUGUAAAUUUAUAUUUUUACCUGGCAUGCAGUUGUUAAUUUAUUAAAUUUGGCUUUUAGAAAUCAAAA